AUGGGUGGCGAUAAGGCGCUUAGGGCUCUGCUCAUGAUGGUUCUUGUGGCGAUGGCAGUUGGGGAGCAAGAGGUUCGAGGCCCAGUGCACCAUGUGGUCGGCGGCCACCGCCGUUGGGACCCUACUUCCGACAUCAGUUCUUGGUUGUCCGGUCGAGUCUUUAGGGUUGGUGACAAAAUCUGGUUCACCUACUCAGCACCACAGGAAAGCGUCGUGGAGCUGAAGAGCCAGGAGGAAUUUCAAUCAUGCGAUCUCUCCAACCCUAUCAAGAUGUACACGGACGGUGUAGAUCAAAUUCCACUUGAAAGAGAAGGGAACAGGUACUUUGUGAUUGGGAACCAGGAAAAUUGCAAUAAUGGUCUGAAGCUACACGUUGAUGUGAAGCCUUCGGAGAAGCAGCAGCUGCCUAACCAAUGGCAGCAGCCAGUGUCAUUUCCUCCUCCACCAGAGCCUAAGCCAUUUCCGUCUCCACCGGCGCCAAAGCCAGAGCCUCCACCACAGCCGAAGCCCGAGCCUUUCCCUGUUCCUGUGCCGGAGCCGGACACACCCUCUGGCUCGACCCAAUUAAAUGGGCUUUCGUUUGGGCUGUUUGUUGGGUUUCUGGUUUGCUUUUGGGCCUAUCGAUGGGACUUUAGUGGCCCUGUUCGUUAA